UCCGAGCGCCGAUCUGGCCGAUUAGAUUUCCGGCGCCGCUUGUUGUUCUGCCGCCAUGCCGUUCGCAGAAGAGGGGAAGAAGGUAAGCAUGCAGCGGACGUACUCAGAUCCGGACCUCCCGCAGCUUCUGCCGCUGCCUGCGAGACCCUCAAGUUCCUAUGAGCCGAGGCCCAAGGUGAAGGAGGCGGCGCAGUUCACGGAUGACGUCAUGCAAGCCAUGGCCGAGAAGCUGGGCGUCAACGUCAUGACCCAGCCGGAGUUCAACUGGGUCAUCCGCGACUGUCUCCUCUCCCUGCGGGACGAGGGCUGGACCUGCCAGGUCCGGAAUGGCGACUUAGAGUACUGCUAUAAGUACAAGGAUGAGACUCGCCCGUACCACCCCAUCUCAGAGGCUCACCGCAAGCUGGCGGAACGCCUGAUGGCCUCGCAGAAAGAGCUGCAGAUGGCUCAUUUGGACCCGCACUAUCGCGUGCGGCACCACGUGUACCGCGCCAUCAUGGGCGAGAAGGAUGUCCGACGGGUGAGCAACCCCAAGCUCAUUGAGGAGAUCUUGAAGGACUUGGAUGUGAGCCCUUCUGACGAGCCCUACUUGAUCCGCAGGAUCAAGACAUCCGUAGAGGACGCCUACUUCAGGUACAAGCGCACCGGCAAGUUUCAGACGACCAUAGAGAAUUGCAUCGAUGUGGAGUCGCUGGUUGUGAACCUGGAGUUGGAUCGGGUGGGCUUUAUGAAGAAGAUCUCACCCUCAGGCCUGCUGUACUGCGUGGAGUGUCAGACAGCUUUGGGCGAUGUGAUCUCCGCUGGCUGCCAUGAUGUGCUUUGCAACCAGUGCGCGGUGGAGACGCACAGCACUGGCAAUCGCCAGGAUGCACCCUUGGUGUUCAUUGAGCAGGCGGUGUGUGCAGAAUGCACCACCAAGGCUGCGCUGGUUCGCUGCCAAGACUGCGUGGAGCUCUUUUGCUAUGACUGCUUCAAGCUCACGCACGCAGCAGGGAAGCGCAAGAGACAUUGCGUGGGCCUCCCACAGCGAACCUUCUGCUUUGAGUGUGACAUGCGGGAGGCCUUGGGGCACUCAGAUGUCCGCGGGGCGGAGAAGAUCCUUCAUGCCCUCGCGACGCUGUUGGCUUCCAGGGAUGCUUCCUACAUCGCGCAGAUACGGCAACGUGCUGCCAGCGGCAAUCUGCAGGUGAAAGGCUGCAAAAUCGAUGAGGGCGUGGUGUGUGAAGCCCUCAGCAGCUUGGACAAGACCCCGCCGGGCAACGCGGGCUUGCGCUGGACCCCCACGGCAUCGCCAGCAUCGCUCGCCAGCAAGGUGUUGUCGGAGUGUGAGGAGGCAGAGCCUUUUUCAGAGCGGGUCAGAGUAGUGGGCAACACCAAGCUGGCGGUGCUGGUGAAGCCUGAUGUGACCAGCACCGCCACAGGGGAGUACCUUCCUCCGGAGCAGUGGGCAGAGACCAUCGGCCGGGUGGUGAACCGCAAGGACGGCCGGGUCUACGUGCGGCUUCGCGCCUUCACGGGCUGGGUCUCGAGCCGAUCCCGCAAGGAGUACGCAAAGGUGGUGCUCGAGGCGGAGAAGAGCUCCUUGGAGCCGCCCAAUGUCCAGGUCAUUGCGCGGAGUCGGGCAGCACGGCUGCUGCCGCAGAUGACCCAGGAGGGCAAGGUCACCGGUUCUGGGGAGGCCCGGCGCUUUCGGACCACCCUGGUAGCGCAGAUUUUGCCGCAUCCAGAUUACACAGGUGCAGUGGUGGGUGGCAAGUUGAACGCCAAGGAGGAGUUCCUCGCCGACGGCGCGUUUCUGCGACCGGUGGACGGGCGGGCCUACCUUCACCUGAAGGACGGGCGCGGCUGGAUUUGCGAGCGCGCCAAGAUGGACUUCUCGAAGCUCGCCGUCACGCCUUGUGGUGCAGCAGAUGACCUCAUCGAUGACGAGAUGGAGGAGUCCGGUAUUCAGCAGCCGGUGCGCACCCGCGCUGGCGUCAAGAAGGUCUUCGUGGUGGAGCGGGAGGUGGAACCCAGGGUGGGGAAGGAUGCGGCCCAGCCAGGGGCGGAGAAUGCAGUUCCGGACCUGCCCAUGAUCUUCCGCUCAGAUCAGGAGAUCUGGCCGGAGGACCUGGGGCCUCCGAGGCCCAUCGCGAAGCUGCUGCGCGCGAAGCUCCGGCGAUUGUACGUGAGCCACGGCGCCCGCGCAACGGAGUGCGAAGAGGACCUGAAGGAAGUUUCGGCGAGAGCAUCCAGCUACGGCAGAGCCUGUCCUGCUCAGAAGGAACUUUUACAGUAUGCAGAGGCCUUGCGGAAGGAAUCGCAGAAAGCCAAGAAAGAGUGGUCCGCAGCUGUCAAGGAGCUUCUGAAGGAGAACCCAGCAGGUGAGGCAGCCAAGGAGACCACACCUGUCGCCAAGAUCGCCGGGCGCCGUGAUGCCGGUGCAAGUCCGGGGAGGGCGCUGGUUCUGCGCCUCCCUUCGGGAAGAGGAAGGCCGACAGAGCGGGCCUCUCCGCAUUUCUCAGGAAGAAGCCUCAGAGGACUUGAAGCGCAUGCUACAGGUCAAAGAGGAGAACAAGAAGAGGAAGCCGGCAGAGGAGGAAACAGCAGCUCCUGCGAAGAGGGCUCGGGCAAAGGCGGAAGCAAAGUAGCUGGCAUCCGGUCCGGUGGAUCCACAAGCGGAUUCAAGUACAGUGCCGCAAGGCUGGAAGUUGGCCAGCUUUGCUGCGAGCGUCGCUGCCUGUUUGCCUCGUACAUUUGCACGGAGUGCGAGGAUGCCCUGUGCUCUCGAUGCUCCGCACAGAUCCACCGGGUGGGCGCGCGGCAAAACCACAGCCUCUUCGGACUGCGCAAGGCGGCAUACAGCAAGCGAUUGUUUGCCGACAACCUGGACCGUCUGAUGGGCAUUUUGCAGCGGAACAUCGAGCGCGCAUACGACUUGAGCCCGUGGUUCAUCUUCUACGACCAAGCGCUGGCGCCCUCCUGGUACAACUUCACCUCUUACCAGAUGGUUCGGGCGGAUCCCAACAACUUGGUGAACCCGCCCAUCGAGGAGCAAGAAGGCAUCCCCAAGAAGGCGGAUGACCAAGUGUUGCGGGGUCUGCCAGGUGCCACAAUCCUCAAGGACACUCACGUGGCGCAGCUUACAGCACAAGGUGCUUGCUUCGACGUGCCGCCGCCGGUGCAUGUCAAGUUUGCAGCGACCGCGCGGUAG